AUGCCAUCCGAUUCUACGCGCAGCGAACCCAAACGAAGGGGAGAGAAAGAUAUCCUAGCACGUGGCGAAGGUGCUCCGCUGCAGUCAUUGCAUAUUCAGCUAGAUACUGGGAAUGAGUAUGUGAACUACCGCCGCAAAUUUUGGCAGUUGUGGUUACCAAGGAAUCCGCCAGCCCCACCCCCUGCUUCACUGGAGGACGCAAAACUAACGCCUCUUGCUAAUGCAUCCCUCUUUUCUCGCCUGACAUAUUCCUGGAUCACAGACAUAUUGGUGCUCGGCUAUCAGCGCACUCUCCAAGCCUCGGACUUGUAUAGACUUGAUGCAUCCCGUGAAGCCGGUCCUCUGGCGGAGAGGCUUGAGGCUGCAUGGUUCAAGCGUGUCAAGGUAGCAGCAGAAUGGAACGCCAGGUUAGAGAGUGGCGAAGUACACCCUUCCAUUUUAAGACGCUUAGCAUGGGCAAUCAUUGCGAUUCUUUCUCAAGUAAACCGUAAACAUGGGUCGGAGAAACGGAGCUACUCGGAGAGACGGGCGGCUCUGGAGAAGCGCUGGAAAGAGGUGGAUGGGAAGAAAGCAGCAAGCCUCGCGUGGGCACUCAACGACGUAUUCGGGUGGUCGUUCUGGCUUGGCGGGGUAUUCAAGGUGUUCGGAGACAUGGCACAAUUGAUGAGCCCACUUGUACUCAAAGCCAUCAUAUUGUUUGCGGAAGAACGUUCAGCAGCGCGCGCGUCUGGUGCACCCCUCCCGAAUGUCGGCCGUGGAAUUUCCAUGGCUCUGGGUCUGUGGCUAUUGACAAUUAUGUCCAGUUUCUUCUGGCGUUCAAUGUCGACAGGGGUCCUUGCGCGCGCCGUCCUCAUUGCGUCCAUUUAUGAGCGCGGCGUCAAUCUCACAGGAAAGGAAAGGGUUAAACUGACAAAUGCAGCUCUGGUAAACCACAUCUCUACGGACGUGAGCAGGAUAGAUGCAUGCGCACAGUGGUUUCAUGCAGCGUGGACCACACCGAUUCAAGUGACCGUUUGUCUUAUUAUACUCCUGACCGAGCUGGGACCCUCAGCUCUGGCAGGUUUCUCCCUAUUCAUUUUUAUUAUUCCAUUACAACAACAGCUGAUGGUACUACAACAUCGGACCCGUCUACGUUCCAUGGUAUGGACAGAGCAAAGGACCAAAAUAUUACUAGAAGUUCUAGGGGCAAUGCGUGUUAUUAAGUACUUCUCCUACGAGGUGCCUUAUUUGAGGAAGUUAUCUGAGCUACGCAAGAAGGAGCUACGGGACAUUUGUAGAAUCCAAUUCUCAACGAGCGCAAAUCUCGCGCUAGCCUUGUCACUUCCAGUUCUUGCGGCAACGCUAUCGUUUGUCACGUACACACUUACGGCGCACGACUUCAGUUCCGCGAUUAUCUUUUCUAGUCUGAGCUUGUUCCAACUCUUGCGUCAACCGAUGAUGUUCCUGCCACGCGCACUUUCUUUGAUCUCGGAUGCCGCUUCCGCGAUUCAACGGCUAUCACGUAUCUUCCAUGCAGAACUUAUCAAGGGCGACACGUUCGUGAUCGACAGGACCCAGGAGUAUGCAGUGGUUGUCCGCGAUGCAACAUUUGAGUGGGAGUCGCCCGAAAAGAUUGACGAGAAGGUCCCCGAUGCCUCACACAAUGACAACCGUGGUGGUGCACGUGGUGACAGAACUGUGAGACUGGAUGGACAAGGGAGUCAUGAUGGAAGUCACGCUGAUGCGAAAGAAAAGGACAGCCUGUUUAAAGAUGCACCUGUGUUCAAAGUCAGAAGUAUCACCUUGAACAUCCCUCGUGGUCAGCUCGUUGCCAUCGUAGGUCCCGUAGGGAGUGGGAAGUCGAGCCUUCUGCAGGGCAUCAUAGGUGAGAUGAGAAGGGUCUCCGGCCACGUUUCACUUGGCGGAAAGGUAGCAUACUGCCCUCAGACUGCAUGGAUCCAGAAUGCUACGCUGAGGGAAAACGUACUGUUCGGACAAUCUUUCGACGAGGAGAAGUACUGGCGGGUGAUUGAAUUGUCGUGCCUUCUGCCUGAUCUUCAGCUAUUGCCUGAUGGUGAUUUGACAGAGAUCGGUGAGAAGGGGAUAAAUCUAAGCGGCGGCCAAAAACAGCGUGUCAACAUCGCUCGGGCCCUCUAUCACGACCCCGAAAUCGCCAUCUUCGACGAUCCGCUCUCCGCUGUUGACGCCCACGUUGGCAAAUCCCUCUUCGAGGACAUUUUCAUUGGAUCGUUGCGCUCUCGGGGGAUCACCACUGUUCUGGUCACCCAUGCCAUCCAUUUCUUACCCCAGGUCGAUUACAUAUACACAAUCAGUAAUGGAACAAUUGUGGAAAGCGGGACGUACCAAGAGCUUGUCACGAAGGAUGGGGAGUUUGCGAGGUUAGACCGGGAGUAUGGCGGACGAACGGAGGAUACUAAGGACGAGAAUGAAGGAGAAGAAGCCUCCGAGCGCUCUGUCUUUUCUCCGAAGAUGGUAACUAUCGAGGACGUGAAGCUGAAGUCUGCCCAAGCGCGCGAGAAAGCGACUGGCAAAGGAAAGGUGGAGGGUCGGUUGAUCGUCAAGGAAGAGCGUAGAACUGGAUCUGUGUCGAUGAAAGUGUACUGGGCAUAUCUCACGGCCGCGCAUGGUGCUGUCACCCUGCCUCUCGUUCUAUUGUUCAUCCUUAUGAUGCAAACGAGUCAAGUCAUGAACUCAUACACCCUUGUUUGGUGGGAAUCCAACGGCGCAAGCGUCGAUGUUAUGGGAUAUCUUGUCUCGCAGAAUCUACAUCACCAGUCUGUCCAGAUGGUUUUCUAUGCGCCCAUGUCAUUCUUCGAUACUACCCCACUUGGCAGAGUUCUCGGCGUCUUCGGAAAAGAUGUAGAUUCAAUAGAUAAUCAGCUUACCCUCUCGAUCAGAUUGUUUUAUCUUACAACGGCCUCUAUUCUAGGAUCAGUCGUUAUCGUUGCAAUUCUGGAGCCCUACUUCUUGAUAGCUGCUGUCUUCGUUGGUAUAGGCUACAGCUACUUCGCUGGAUUUUAUCGUGCCAGUGCUCGAGAAGUCAAGCGACUAGACUCCAUGCUGCGAUCGUUGAUGUAUGCUCACUUUUCAGAGACAUUCACCGGCCUCCCAACCAUCCGCAGUUACGGAGAGAUGAGACGCUUUAUCACGACAAACAGAUAUUACAUUGAUCUCGAAGACAGAAGUCUGUACCUCGUAAUCACUAACCAGAGGUGGCUGACUAUCAGGCUUGAUUUCAUGAGUGCCAUGCUCAUGUUCUUCGUCGCACUUCUCACCGUUACGGACGUGUCUGGAAUCAAUGCCGCACAAAUUGGUCUGAUUCUGACGUAUACCAUGAUGCUGGCGCAAUUUGUUUCUCCAAUGAUGAGACAGUCGGCGGAUGUCGAGAACAAUAUGAAUUCCGUUGAAAGAAUUGUUCAGUACACACGGAAGGGAACGGUACCCCAAGAGGCGCCCCAUGAGAUUCCAAGCAACAAGCCCCCACCUGAGUGGCCCCGAUGUGGAGCAGUUCAGUUUAGAGAUGUUCAAAUGAGCUACCGACCCGGACUGCCACUUGUCCUUAAAGGAGUCUCACUUUCUAUCGAAGGAGGCGAAAAGAUUGGUGUCGUUGGAAGAACGGGCGCCGGGAAAUCAUCUUUGAUGUUGACACUGUACCGUAUCGUUGAAUUGUCGAGCGGAUCCAUUGUUCUUGACGGUAUUGACAUAUCGACACUCGGUCUCAAGGACCUUCGCACCAGAAUAUCCAUCAUACCCCAAGAUCCUCUCCUCUUCAGCGGGACUAUCAGGUCAAACCUCGAUCCGUUCAGCAAAUACGACGACGCCAAGCUGUGGGACGCACUGCGCCGAUCUUGCCUUAUAGAUCCGCCAUCUGCGAAAGAUGGGAAAUGCGAGUUCGGCGAAGAGACGCGCGCGAACCGUUAUACACUAGACAGUACUAUCGAAAGUGAAGGCGCCAACCUGAGUGUUGGCGAACGGUCUCUGCUCAGUCUUGCACGUGCGCUCGUGAAGGGUUGCAAAGUCGUCGUACUAGAUGAAGCUACUGCAUCUGUCGAUCUAGAGACCGACAACAAGAUUCAGAACACUAUCAAAACUGAAUUUCGCGAUUGCACCCUACUAUGCAUUGCCCAUCGUUUACGCACCAUUAUUUCAUAUGAUCGCGUUCUUGUUAUGGACGCCGGGAUGGUAGCCGAAUUUGACACACCCUACAACCUGUACCAGAAAGAGGGAGGGCUGUUCCGUGGGAUGUGUGAGCGGAGUAAUAUCACCCUGAAGGAUAUUGAAGCGCGUGGACAUGAAAUGGUAAACAUCGGGUCUUCGUGAAUACCGUCAAUCGGAACGAGUUCACCGAUUUUUUGUGAGUGACCCGAAGAGCACAGAUACUAGUGUUCAUAGCCUGCCACAAUAUGGAUACCAGUUUUGCACUGAAGGUUUCGGUUUUGGUCACUCCGGUGGUGAAAUUUAAUUGACAUGGCUUCCCUCAUUGUCGGGCGAGCUCUGGCCCGAACAACGCGCCAAGCAGUUCUCACCUCGUCGAACUCUCGCGAAUUCGGUUCUUAGGUACUUAGUCACGCCUCAUCUCCAAAAGCUAAGCG